AUGCUUUCCCGCUCCUUGCAUCCACUUCGAGCAGUAGCAUGUUGUAGGACUGCUCUUUCAAAGCGGGACUCUCACACAAUCUGGUAUCCCGAUGCAAAGUUCGAAAGGCAAUUCAAGACAGGCGGAACGCUUGGAAAGCUUUGGAUGUCAGAGCGAGUAUCCGAUUUCGACGAACAAAUCGGACUUGACAAGUUGGAGAAGCUCGCUUAUAGCGAUCCAGUGCUCAGCGACAAUUAUGAGGGAAAGAAAAGAGAAAAAAACCUGGAAAACAUGAUUCUCAAUUUCGGUCCACAGCAUCCGGCAGCUCACGGUGUGCUUCGACUGGUGCUCAAACUCGAAGGAGAAGUCAUUAUUAAAGCCAUCCCUCACAUCGGUCUUCUUCAUCGUGCUACUGAAAAACUCAUUGAGCACAAAACAUAUACACAGGCUCUCCCUUACUUCGAUCGCCUUGACUACGUUUCGAUGAUGUGCAACGAGCAAGCAUUCGCGUUGGCAAUCGAGAAACUUCUUGGAAUUGACAUCCCACCGCGAGCAAAGUACAUUCGAACUCUAUUCGGAGAGCUCACAAGGAUCCAAAACCAUAUUAUGGGUAUCACAACCCAUGCUCUCGAUAUUGGAGCAAUGACACCCUUCUUCUGGAUGUUUGAGGAGCGUGAGAAGCUUUUCGAGUUUUCUGAGCGAGUCUCUGGAGCCAGAAUGCACGCUAACUAUGUUCGCCCGGGUGGUGUUGCAUGGGAUUUGCCUAUUGGACUCAUGGAUGAUAUUUACGAUUGGGCAACGAAAUUCCCAGCUAGAAUCGAUGAGUUGGAAGAUAUGCUAACAGAGAAUCGUAUUUGGAAAGCCAGAACUGUCGACAUCGGUUUGGUAUCUGCUGCGGAUGCGUUGAACUGGGGAUUCAGUGGUGUCAUGGUUCGUGGAAGUGGAAUCAAGCAAGACGUUCGAAAGACACAACCAUACGAUGCCUAUGCUGAUAUGGAAUUCGAUGUCCCAAUUGGAACUAAAGGAGAUUGCUAUGAUCGUUAUUUAUGCCGUGUUGAGGAGAUGCGUCAAUCGUUGAAUAUCAUCAUCCAGUGCCUAAAUAAAAUGCCAACUGGAGAAAUCAAAGUCGACGAUCACAAAGUGGUGCCACCAAAGCGAGCUGAAAUGAAAGAGAACAUGGAAUCCCUAAUCCAUCACUUCAAAUUCUUCACCGAAGGUUUCCAAGUGCCGCCCGGUGCCACGUAUGUCCCAAUCGAGGCUCCAAAAGGAGAGUUUGGAGUGUAUUUGGUGGCCGAUGGAACAGGAAAACCGUACCGCUGCUUCAUCCGCGCUCCAGGCUUCGCUCAUCUCGCCGCCAUCCACGACGUCUGUUAUAUGUCUCUUAUUGCUGACAUCGUCGCCGUUAUUGGAACCAUGGAUAUCGUUUUUGGAGAGGUCGAUCGAUAG